AUCAUCUCCAUUUCUGUACACACACACUCUCUCUCUCUCUCUCUCUCUCUCUGUUUAAAUACCCCAAGAGAACGACAACACUCUCCGCGUCUGUGUCUGCGUGGUUCUUCUUCGCAUUAUCUAUAUCACAUUAUCACAUUGGGUUCGGUCUCUCAAGGCUUGAUCCAUUUGGCUAGCUGUGUUGGUUUAAUUUGUGAGGUUAGUGAAGAGCAAGUCAAAACGGGUCUCCCACUGUGGAUGCUUGGGCUCGGAGCGGACCGUCUGUGGGCCGACAUGAACCGCCUCCUUGCCUUCCUCUUCCACCAGGGAGUUCUGGAUGAGCAAUUCCUGCAGCUUCAGCAGCUUCAGGAUGAGUCGUCUCCCAACUUCGUGUCCGAGGUUGUCAACAUCUACUUCCACGAGUCCGAGAAGCUUCUCCGAAACCUCAGAUCACUGCUAAUGGAUAGGGAGUUGUCGGACUACAAGAAAAUGGGAAUCCAUGUGAACCAGUUGAUGGGAAGCAGCUCGAGUAUUGGAGCCAACAGAGUUCGAAACGUCUGCGUCGCGUUUCGCGCUGCCACUGACCAGAACAACCGUGCCGGAUGCUUGCGAGCUUUGGAGAUGCUGGAGCACGAGUAUUGCUAUCUCAAGAACAAAUUACACGAACUUUUCCAAAUAGAGCAAGAACGUGCUUUGGCAGCAGGAGUGAGGUACCCGGUGCAGAAUUGAAGAGUGAAAGACAAAGGAAAAAGCGAUGAAAAACAUGAGAUGUUAUUAACUUAUCAUCUCAGGGAGAUAUGGUUUUUGUUGGUGUAGUUAUUAAUAUUAUAGUAUUUGUACUUUGUUUGUGUUGAGGUCAGUUCAGGUGGUGCCUCGUCUCUGGGGUUUAGUUUUUGGAUUCUAGUGUAUACGUGCGUAGUGGCAUAAUAAUAAUAACAUAAUCACAUUUGAA